AUGGAGAUGGUCCAAGGAGAAUAUGAGGAGAACCUGAAAUACAAUAUGGGGGGAGAAGAGGGUCCAGAGGGUCAAGAUCUCACAAGGAACAAGAAGAGAAGUAAGGAGCCUCUCCUCAGGAGGCAGAUGACCAGCCCAGCACAGGAGGUGAAAACGGCAGUGGAGACUAGAUUGACCAAGGGGGACCUCGGAGACCCCGGGAGGGGGGAGGUGGAUGAAGCAGGAGGAAACAAACAAGGUGUCAGGGCCACUCCAGCUCCAGCCACACUUCCUGACCCCCCGGUCCGGGGGCUGCUUCCACCACCCACGCGGUCGGGCUCCUCCCGGUGGGGACCACCGGACGUCAAUCCCGGGCGCCCCGCCCCCUUCCGUGCCGGGCGGGGUCUCCGCGCCUCCGCCACCGGCGCACGCGAGGUCGCGCGGACGGGGCCGGGCCGCGGGUGCCGGGAGGUGGCCGGGCCACCCGCGCCGCCGCCCCCCAGCCUGACGCACGGAGGGCCGGGCAGCGAUUUGCCGCGGGCCCGCCGCCCGGGCCGCUCCGCCCCCGGCCCGCCUCCCUCCCGCCUCGCCCAGCUCUCCGCCCGCCGCGCCGCGCCGGCGUCCCCGCGUCGUCCCCAGCGCCCGCCAGCCCGGCCCGCGCCAGCCAGAGGCAAGGACUUCUGCUGGAGUGAAAUGGAGGCCUCGGUGAUAUUGCCCAUCCUGAAGAAAAAGCUGGCCUUUCUUUCAGGAGGAAAGGACAGGCGCAGUGGACUCAUCCUGACCAUUCCGUUAUGCCUGGAACAGACAAAUAUGGAUGAGCUGAGUGUCACUUUGGACUAUCUACUCAGCAUUCCAAGUGAGAAAUGUAAGGCCCGAGGAUUUACCGUGAUCGUGGAUGGCAGGAAGUCUCAGUGGAAUGUGGUGAAGACAGUAGUCUUAAUGCUGCAGAAUGUUGUUCCAGCUGAGGUAUCCCUUGUAUGUGUAGUGAAGCCAGAUGAAUUCUGGGAUAAGAAAGUAACACACUUUUGUUUUUGGAAAGAAAAGGAUAGACUUGGCUUUGAGGUUAUUUUAGUGUCUGCCAAUAAGCUGACUCGUUACAUAGAGCCAUGCCAGCUGACAGAAGACUUUGGUGGGAGUCUUACCUACGAUCAUAUGGACUGGCUAAAUAAGAGGCUGGUCUUUGAGAAGUUUACAAAGGAGUCUACAUCAUUACUGGAUGAGCUGGCUCUGAUUAACAAUGGAAGUGAUAAGGGGAAUGAGCAGGAGAAGGAGAGGUCUGUGGACUUAAACUUUCUUCCGUCUGUUGAUCCUGAGACAGUCCUUCAGACAGGGCAUGAGUUGUUGUCUGAAUUACAGCAGCGUCGGUUUAACGGCUCUGAUGGAGGGGUCUCGUGGUCUCCUAUGGAUGAUGAGCUGCUCGCACAGCCACAGGUUAUGAAGCUGUUAGACUCACUCCGGGAGCAGUACACGCGCUACCAGGAAGUCUGCAGGCAGCGCAGUAAGCGCACGCAGUUAGAGGAGAUCCAGCAGAAGGUGAUGCAGGUGGGUGUCAGGCUGGGCUGCCUCCUCACCCUUGGAAAUGCCAAGUGUCUUUUCCCUGAUAAUGUCUGUUAUGUGACUGACCACACAGAGAACUUGACAGAUUUCAAACUGGAUUCAUAUCUUCAUAGGGAGUGUCUACGUUAAAGUGACAUUAUUUCUACAAUGGUGGAAUUGAUCAUUUAACUCACUAACAGAAUGAACUUCAAAAACGCUAGUUUUAAACUUAAAUGGUCUCUAUAUUCAUUUAAUUCAUAA